UUGUUUGAUGGAUCGAUUGAUUAAUUCUUGUGUUUGAAAUUUUGAUUUAUAUGUUUUUGAGGAUUGUUAUAUAUAUCUGCCUUUGAUUGUCGUUGAUUUUUUUUUUUUUUUUGUGAAUUUUGACAUGAGAUUUGGGUAUUUUUGAUUUGGGGGGGUUUUUAGGGUUAAUUUAAUUCUCUUUUAGGGAAUAAGAGAACCUGAUUUUUUUCUUAGAUUCCAGAUGUUUAAAGUUGGAUUCGUGUUGUUUUGAACUUUGGGAAUUAUAAAAGUUAGAAAAGUUUCUUAUUUAAGCCAAAACCUGUCAAUUCGUCUAUGGUUUUGUAAUGAACUCUGAUGAUGUGGAUUUGUCUAAAAUCUCAGUUUUGAGGGUAUUGUAGUCGAAGCCUGGGUUUUUUUUUUUUCUUGCUAAUCCAAUGUCUCUCAAGGUUUUAGGACAAUUGGGUUGCCCUGCGGAUUAGCGAGUAGUGAUUUAAGUUAUUUAUGCCGAAUUUGGUGUUGUCCCUCAAGGAUUUUCUCUGUUUGAAACUGUUUACUUCGUUGGUGGUUGCAUUUGCUCAGCAAUUUAACAAGUGAUCUUUGUCGUAAAGUUAAACAAGUUCAGGCGAUCAAAUAGUAAGAAAGUAGAAUUUUCAACAGGCUGCUCUCCUGCGGUAAGCUUAUUGCUUCUUUUUGAUGUGUAAAGAUUCUUCCGCUUGUCUUAGUUUUUGUGCUAGUCAGAUAUUCAUAGCUUCUGUUUUUGGUGAUGUGACAUGAGAAUCAUAUAUGGUGUUACAUACAAUUUUGGUCUUCAAUAUGUUCUUGACUUUUUUUUGCUGCUACUUGCUUGAUUUGAGAUUUGUCUUGCAAUUUUCCCCAUUUGACUAAACAAAACAUUAGUAUUUUUAAACCUCAAUUCAGUGUUUCUAACUUUCUCGAUGCGUGAGUAGCUUACACAGUGCUUACAAGAUGGCUGGUGUAAAGCGAAAAUUAAGUACCGAGUCAGAUGUUCAUGCUCUUCACAAAGAACUGGAUGAGGUUUCAUGUCCUGUUUGUAUGGAUCACCCACAUAAUGCUGUUCUACUGCUGUGCAGCUCUCAUGACAAAGGUUGCAGGUCCUACAUCUGUGAUACCAGUUACCGUCAUUCCAAUUGCCUCGACAGGUUUAAGAAACUGCACUCUGAAUCAUCAAACGACCCUACUCCCCAGGCGAACUUGGCUUCAAGGGAAUACAACAAUGAAUCCCAAUACGAGCAUGGCACAGCCAGUCGAAGCAGUUUUCACCGAGGCUCUGCUGGGGAUUCUGAAUCUCUGAGGAGGAGAAGAAGAGUGGAGGAGGAAGAAGAACCGUCUGAAGAUAUCUCAAAUUUGAAAUGUCCUCUAUGCCGGGGUACUGUUUUAGGAUGGAAGGUUGUAGAAGAAGUAAGAACGUAUCUUGAUCUCAAGAACCGAAGUUGCUCCCGAGAAUCUUGCUCAUUUACUGGCAACUACCAAGAUCUGCGUCGCCAUGCCAGAAGGAUACACCCAACAACUCGUCCUUCAGACACUGAUCCAUCAAGAGAGAGAGCUUGGAGGCGGCUUGAGAACCAGAGGGAGUACGGAGAUAUAGUCAGUGCAAUACGUUCUGCCAUGCCUGGUGCUGUUGUAGUAGGAGAUUAUGUUAUAGAAAACGGAGAUAGGUUCCCAGGUGAGAGGGAAGCAGCAGGAAAUGGUGGGAGUGACCUGUGGACUACAUUGGUACUGUUUCAGAUGAUUGGCUCUCUUGACAAUGGAGGUUCUAGUGGUGGUGGUAGUGGCAGUGGCGGUGGAUCAAGAUCUCACAGGUCAAGGGCAUGGAGGAAUCAUCGCCGUUCUUCAGAUAGACGAUACCUUUGGGGGGAGAAUCUUUUGGGUCUACAAGAUGAACAUAAUAACAACGAUGAUGAAGAGUUGCGUUUGCAGAACGAUGGAGGUGAUGCUUCUACUCAUGUUCCAAGAAGACGAAGAUUUGGACGUCCUAGAUCAAGUGGAAAUCAUCCGCGAUAAGCUUUGGUAAAAUUAAAUAUAAAAUCAUUGGGUUUUGGUUGUAGAAACCUUUGUUAUUACUGAAACCGGUUUUGUCUUUAGGUGCUAUGAUAUCUCUCGGGUCAGAACCAGGCUGAUGCAAAAGGGAAAAGGUUUUGCUGAAAACCCGAGAGCCUUAGGAUUGUUUGGUAUUUAUGUAAAUGUCAUUUUGAGCCUUCUUAAGUCGCUCAUUGUAUACUAAGUAAUGGUUUCUAUACAAUGUCUUUUGUUUCACAUGGAAAAAUGUUUUUUUUUUUUUUGGGUUGUUGCUA